AUGAGUUAUAAGCUGACAUAUUUCCCUAUUCGAGGUUUGGCUGAACCAAUUCGUUUGUUAUUUGUUGAUCAAGACAUUGAAUUCACCGAUAAUCGUAUUGAUAAAAAUGAUUGGCCGGCGUUGAAAUCUCAGUUUCAUUUCGGACAAUUACCAUGUCUGCAUGAAGAUGGUGAUCAAAUUGUCCAAUCUGGUGCGAUUAUGAGACAUCUUGCUCGCAAACAUGGUUUGAAUGGUAGAAAUGAAUCGGAAACAACAUACGCCGAUAUGUUUCUUGAAGGCAUCCGAGAUCUUCAUAAAAAAUACACUAAUAUGAUCUACCUAGCUUAUGUAAAUGAAACUGAAAAAGAUCAGUAUAUUAGAGAUGUGAUUCCUGCAGAAAUGGCGAAGUUUGAUAAACUGCUUGCAGUUCGAGGUGAUGGACAAAAUUUCAUAUUAGGAGAUAAGAUUUCAUACGCAGACUACGCUUUCUUUGAAGAGCUUGACGUUCAUUUAAUUCUUGAUCCGCAUUGUUUAGACAAAUUUCCACUUUUAAAGGCAUAUCAUGCACGGAUGGCAAACAGACCAAAACUUAAGGCUUAUUGCGAAAAACGUAAUGCAGCUGGAGUACCAGUGAAUGGUAACAAUAAACAGUGA